AUGGUGCGGGCACGUCCCUGGGCUGUUGUGCGGAGGGGUUCCGAAACCCGGGCACCCGAUGGGAUUUAUACACUGACCACUAAAAAUGGAAUGACCUACCAGACUUUCUGUGACAUGACCACUAAUGGUGGAGGGUGGACCUUGGUGGCCAGUAUUCAUGAGAAUAAUAUGAAUGGGAAAUGUACUGCUGGAGAUCGCUGGUCCAGUCAACAAGGAAACAAUGAAAAUAACCCCAGGGGAGAUGAUAACUGGGCAAAUUAUGCUACAUUUGGGACACCAGAAGAAGCCACCAGUGAUGAUUACAAAAACCCUGCAUUUUUUGACAUUAUGGCCAACAAUAUUGGAAUAUGGCAAGUGCCAAACAAGACACCACUAAACGUCUGGCGAAACUCCUCUCUGCUAAGAUUCAGAACCAAUAAUAACUUCUUGCAGAAUGAAGGACAUAACCUCUUCCAUUUGUACCAGAAAAACCCAGUUGUAUAUAAUGCUGGGAUCUGUCAGAAAGACAAUGGGCCAGCCAUCCCUGUUGUAUAUGAGUAUGGAGAUAAAGAAAAGACAGCUCAAUACUACUCACCGAAUGGAAGAACUGAAUUUGUUCCUGGCUAUAUUCAUUUUCGUGUCAUUAAUACUGAGAAGGCUGCCCUGGCUCUGUGUCCAGGAGUGAAAGUAACUGGAUGCCAUUCAGAACAUCACUGUAUCGGAAGCGGAGGGUAUGUCCCUGAAGGAAACCCCAGACAAUGUGGAGAUUUUGUAGCCUAUGACUGGAAUGGAUAUGGGACCCACCAACACUGGAGUAGCAGCAAGGAGAUCACUGAAGCCACUGUAAUGAUAUUUUAUCAAUAA